CAAAUUAAUUUUUAACUCUGUGAAGAAAAAGUGCAUUGUAUGUGUCCACAUUUGAGAGUUUUAUUGUAAGGACAUCCUGAUGUAAUACCAGUUGCUUUCAAAUAUUAAAUAGAUGUACUAAUAAAAUUAUUCUGGAAAGGGUAAUUUUGUUAUAAUAGUUUUAUAUGAGAUUGCAAUUGCAUUAGAUAAGUUGAUUAUACAUACCCGAAUAUCUGCAUAUAAAUAAUAGGAUUUUCCCAUAAAUAUAUGUAGAUAGAUCAAAUGUGUAUAAAAGUCUUCUACAUUUGAAAAGUUUUCGCGUGCAAGUCUGAGGAAGGACGAUAGAUACACAUACAUAGGUUAUUUUAAUAGUAAGGCCGAGAAAAUAGAAGUGACAAAUAUGGCGCAACGUAACAAUGCACGUAUCGAUCGCUUUGCUCAGAUGACAAAGCAGGAGGAGAUAAUAGCAAAGAAGCGCCAGGAGAUUUUGGAGAAACAAAGAACAGCUCAACUGGCCAAAGCCGUGGCAGCAGCACAGAGUUUAGCUGCAAAAAUGAAGUCUGACGUUAAUGGGGCUGAAACUACAGACGAAAUAAAUGAGACGAGUGCAGACGCUUUGCAAGAUGACACUGACCUUUCAACGCCAAAUACAGCUGAAUUAGCUUCUAAGGAAAAGUCAUCCACCAUUGAUAAGAGCGAUUCGUUGGUAAAAAGUAAAAAAGAGGAAUUACCUGAAUCAACUAGUUCAAAAACGUUAAAUAGCUUCACAGGAAAAACUGGCAAAAUAUCAAUUGGAUUAAAACGUCUACAACCGCAGCUUCCAGUUACUGAACAACCGCCACCAAAAGUGGUUAAUUCUUUUUGUAAUGACGGGUCGUUUUUGGAAAACUUUAAAAAAAUUUUAGAAAAGCAUGAACCAAAGCAAACACAGGUUAUACUAGCACCAGAAUCAAACGUUGAAGUUACAAUAUCCGACCAACUGUCUGCUCCUCAGUCCACCGAACCCGUUGUGGUCGAAUCGAACAGGCCAAUUGACUCGUCCAUGCAACUAGCGCAUGGUCAGCACCCGAUUGGGCAAACAUCUAUGGUAACAUCACAGCAGCAAGGGAUUUCACAAUCAAGUAUUCAGCAAUCUCUGCAACACUCAAUUGUGUCGACGAUGGCUCAGCCAACAAUGCACCAUCAACAUUCUGUACCACCACCACCUCAACAGCUUAUGCGUUCAUUACAACCAUCGCCACAAAGUCAGCUGCAGGCACUUCCAACGCUACAACAUCAGCCGCAGCCGUCAAUGCAGCAACAAUCACCGCAAACAAGUCUAUUACAUCCUCCACCAUCCGCACAACCACAAUUUCUAUUUAAUCAUCCACCACAACCACCGCCUGUACCACCACCACAUCCUAUUCCGGCGGCAUUUUUUGCUACCGCUCCGCCACCUCCUCCUCCGCCACAGUUACCCAUGACUUUAGCCUUGGGCCCGCUCUAUAUGAUACCGGCGCCGGAGCCUAUGCAACUGAAUACCAUACCGCCACCAAAGGAGUUUGAUUUGAAUGCUAUACCCAAUCCCCAAAUGAACGUGGAGGCAAUUCAAAUGCCACAUGGUAUACAGCAACGACAUCAUCAGGUAUUGCAAGCACAACAAACACAGCAACAAAACAAUCAAAUGGUACAAUUACAACCACAUCAACAACUGCAGCAAAUGCAAAAACCAUUAAGUGAACACACCAAACCACCUCCACCACCACCGCAAUUGCCGCCACAGUUGCAACAAUUGCAAAAUCAAAUGUCGCCAUUAUUACAACAUGCACAACAAUUUCCUUCCAAUCACCAGCAGCAAACGCCGCCACCACCUCCACCACCCCAGCAGCAACAAGUCGACGAUCACGGCAGUCCCACUCAUAAAGCAGUUUUUUCAGACAACAAUGACCACAGUUGCUCGCGCAUACAGUUACCAACAACUGUUGAACACUUAAUCGAGUUGGUUGGCGAAAAUGGGGAUGGUUAUGAAGAUGAAAUACGUUCGCAUAAAAACGAACUACAUCCGGCAUUGUGGUUUCUGUUUGAAAAAAGUUGCGAGCAAUAUCACAAUUACCGGCAACGAUUGAAUGGACAUCGUCGCCGCAUUCAACACGAUCAACAGAUUCAACGGCAGACUCAACAGCAAACAGAAUCGCCACCGCACCAGCAAAGGCAGAAGCAAUCGCUGCCACGCUCCGAAAGUCAAAAUACAGUGGAAACGGAUGAGGAUUCUAGCGAAAGUGGAGGAGUACAGGAGCACCAACAGGAAGCGCUAUACCGUUACCAUCAGAAGCAAAGACAACAGCAACAACAGCGCGAACAACCAUCGCCACAAGAUGAGAUCCAACAGGAUGCAACUGAUAAAUAUGACCCUGAGUCGGCUAUUAGCGGUGAUGUGGAUUCCGAUGACGAAUACAUGCGCGGUAUGUUAGAUCGUAAUCGUGAUAACAUAAAGCGUCGCAUUGAGUGCCGCAAUGAGUUGAGCGAAGAAGAGCGUCAAGAACGAGAGGCCGAAGCUGAGUUGGAGGAGCAACGACGCUUGGAGCGCAAGAAGCAGCGUAAAAGUCGUUGGGGCGAGAAAGUGCAGGCGUCUACCAGCGCCGGUGCCCAAUCAGAUGCAUUGUCAAAUGCUCCCACUUCGUUCGCCAAUCAAAAUAAACCGAUGCUAACCGCCAUAACACGCAGUGAUCCAGCAUUGUUGCAAUAUGCGCGCCUUAAUUACGGUUCUACUAACCUGAGCGAGGAGGACUGGAAGAAGUGCGAAGAGCACUACAAAGUGAAUUUGUUGUAUCAGGACAUGAUGCGUAAGCGUCAGGAGAUCGAUAGACUCGCACGCAGCGGCAAAUUCAAAUAUGAAUACGAUUCGGAUGAAGAUGUCGAUGGUGGCACUUGGGAGCAUAAACUACGUUGCGCUGAGAUGGAGGCCACCAAGCUAUGGGCAACAGCAUUAACGAAACAAAGUGAAGGUAAACAUCACAUUGGUGACUUUUUGCCACCCGAGGAGCUGAAGAAGUUCAUGGAACAAUAUGAAGCGAAGAAGAGUAAUCGUCAACCCGAUUUGAGUGAUUACAAGGAGUACAAAUUGAAAGAGGACAAUAUUGGCUUUCAAAUGCUACAAAAAUUAGGCUGGAAAGAGGGACAAGGUCUGGGCACAGAUGGCGGGGGCAUAGUAGAUCCAGUUAAUAAAGCACCGCAAAGGGACGGUAACCAGGGUCUGGGUGUGGCCAGCGCCGCUACGCCUGAGGAGUGCGACAAUGAGUAUGAUGCCUACCGUAAACGCAUGAUGUUAGCUUAUCGUUUUCGACCCAACCCACUGAACAAUCCACGUCGCGCCUAUUACUAAACGC